AUGCGUUUGGAAGCCUCGAUUGAUGUGUCAAGACUUCUUUUGCAAUAUGGAUUACCUUUUCGAGGUCACGAUGAAAGUGAAUCUUCAAUUAAUCAAGGCUUCUUUCUAGGUUUUUUGCGAUGGCAUGGGGACAAACAUCUGGAUGUGGGAAAAGUGAUAUUAGAAAAUGCCCCACAAAAUGAUACUUUGACUUGUCCUAUGAUUCAAAAAGAUAUUGACAAUGCUUGUGCAAAAAAAACAUUGAAAGCAAUAAUUGGGGACUUGAAUAGAGAUUACUUUGGUAUAUUAGUUGAUGAGUCAAAAGACAUCUCUCACAAAGAACAAAUGGCUCUUGUUUUGCGUUUUGUUAAUAAGAAUGGUGAAGUAGUUGAACGAUUUAUCGAUCUUGUCCAUGUUAGUGAUACAUCGGCAUGUUCAUUGAAGAAAGCAAUUUAUUCUUUGCUUUCUGUUCACUCACUAAGUCCAUCCAAAAUACGUGGACAAGGUUAUGAUGGGGCUAGUAAUAUGAAAGGAGAUAUAAAUGGGCUCAAAACUUUUGAUUAUGAAAGAUAG